GAGUUUCUCUCUCUUUGCUUCUGCCCCUGCACGUGUGCUGCUCCGCGCUGUUUUGUACGCGAAAUAUCGUACGCAUCCGCGUGUGCCGUAUUACUACGAGUUGUGCGUUGUAAAUUUUGAUAAAACACUCUUUUUGUAACCUCGAGCAAAGUCGACGUUUUUACGAAGAUGGAAGUGAUACCGAGUCCCUUGAUCGAUCCCAAUGCCAAUGCCGAAGCUUAUAGAAGUCUCGCGGGGCAGAAUCAACAACCGGGCUUCGAUAAACAAUUGGAAUUCUUGAUUAUUCACAAAGAUGAGAGCCUGGUUUUGGGAGCAAGUAAUAUGCAAGAUCGAUACUGGAGUGGUUCUCUAUGGUAUCAUAAAAAUGUUGACAAUUUCAGUCAUGAAAAUUAUUUGACUUCGAUCAAAACUGAGAGCGGAGCUCGGGCAGCCUGUUAUUUGGGAAAAUUUGACACUUUUGCUAUCGGCGAAGAUAGCGGCCUUCUGCAAAUAUUCAAUUUGAACUACAAUCCUGUCACGAAGAAGACAGAUUUACAUUGCAUAGGAUAUUCUUGUCAACACGAUGACAGCAUUACUUCAAUUUCAAAAUUUGAAGAUGACAGUCGUAUUGUCACUGCAGGAAUGGAUUCAAGUAUAAAAGUUUGGGAUACCAAGGACAUGGUAGCUACUCAUUCAUACUCACCUGCACAUUUGGAUGCUGUUACUUGUGUUGCAACUCAACCAGGUAGCAAUGAAGUAUUUGUUUCUACUUCAUUAGAUCAUGAAGUACUUUUAUGGGACACCAGAAAAGCCAAACCUGCUACAGGUUUGUGGGAUGAAUUUCAUUGUGGAUUUACUGCAGUAUCAUGGAAGCCUAUAGAUGGUAAUAUAAUUGCUCUAGGAGCACAGGAUGGUAGCAUAACUGUGAUUGAUAUUCGGCAUUCAAAAGAAGCUCUUGAAAAUUCAAUUCAAUUUUCUAGAGGAGUACAUAAAUUAUCAUUUAAUCCUGAUAAACCAGCUCAUUUAGCUGGCUGUUGUGAUUCUGAAAACAUUAAAGUAUUUGAUGUGGAUAAUAGUUUAGAAAUUUUAUAUGAAAAUGAGAGUCAUGAUGAUUUUGUUAGAGAUCUUGCAUGGCACAAAAAUGAUUUGCUCACAUGUUCUUGGGACUUCACAGUUCUUAGACAUACUCCAUAUACUGCAAAUUCUCAAGCUGAAAGUUUUACACCUGAAAGCUCACCAACUAAAGUGGUUCAAGUUGAUGAAUAAUAUAUGCUAGAUUUCUCUAUUCCAAAUAAAAAGAUUUUGUAUAGUUUAAAAACAUAAUUUGAUAACAGUUAAGUUAAACAGAUAAAUGCAACAAGACUUUUUUUUAUUCAUUACUGGACAGACUUUUUUAAUUUUAUUUUUUAAAUUUAGUUAGAAUAAAUUUCUUUCUAAUGUAUAAAUAAUGACUGCUUUAAAUAUAAAGUAAUUUUUUUGUUGAUUUCAUAUCAUUUGAA